AUGGAUGAAUUUCUUGGACCCUCUAUCUUUGGUCUCCGUCGCUACAGAAAAGACUGGGUGGAGCUUUUCAGAUCCGCUGCCGCCAGUCGUCACGCGUGGAGGGGUACCGUCCGUGACAGCAUUGUGGCCGGCAAGAUCAGGCAUGAUCACAGACGUAGCAAGUACAAGUAUCUUCGUCAGUUUUUCGCAUCUGUUUUCCCUGGCAAACUGGAUUUUAUCUAG